UUGGCUUGGCUGGCGCCUGGGCCUGGCGGCAGGAGGACCCGGGCACAAUUACUGUGGAUGUGUACUGGAGUAGCCGAGCUCGAGCUGCUGCCCCCUCCACCACCCACCUCCUCCUAUUCACUCAGAUUUGCCAUCGUCCGGCAUGGCAUUUAUCCCCCACCUACAAUCUCAGGCAAUCCGCCAUUACUGAGCCCCAUCGCCCAUCUCCCAUCUCCCCAUCGGGUCGUCGCAACUCGCAGUGCGGAAGCGCCAGUACCACUCCCUGUCCGUCCCUCUGCCGGCGGGUAGCUAUCAAUCAGUGACUGACGCUACUCGCUCCGCGCUCGCCUGCCUCUGCCUCUGCCUCUGCCUGCGGGUUGCCUGCCGGCGGUGUGCUCUACUUGUACCACUACCAGCGAUCGCAUUUUCUUUUUUGAUGAAAGCGAUCGCAUUUUCAAUGGCGGACAACGCCAGACUGCUGCCCCUGUUCGCCGCCGUCUUGCUCUGCUGCUGCUCCCUCGCGCAAUGCCGAGGCGGCGGCGGCGGCGGGCAGAACUACACCUCCAUGUUCAGCUUCGGCGACUCGCUCACCGACACCGGCAACCUGCUCGUAUCCAGCCCGCUCUCCAACCACAUCGUCGGCCGCUACCCCUACGGCAUGACCUACUUCCACCGCCCCACCGGCCGCUGCUCCGACGGCCGCCUCGUCGUCGACUUCCUAGCGCAAGCGUUCGGCCUGCCGCUGCUGCAGCCGUACCUGCAGUCCCGCGGCAAGGACCUCCGCCGGGGCGUCAACUUCGCCGUCGGCGGCGCCACCGCCAUGGAUCCGCCUUUCUUCCAGGAGAUCGGCGCGUCCGACAAGCUCUGGACCAACCUCUCCCUCAGCGUCCAGCUCGGCUGGUUCGAGCAGCUCAAGCCGUCACUCUGCAGCUCCCCAAAAAAGUGCAAGGAGUACUUCAGCAAGUCCCUGUUCCUCGUCGGAGAGAUUGGGGGAAACGACUACAACUACGCCUUCUUCAAGGGCAAGACCCUGGACGACGCCAAAACCUACGUCCCCACGGUCGCCGCCGCGGUCACCGAUGCCACCGAGAGGCUGAUCAAGGCCGGCGCCACGCACCUGGUGGUGCCGGGGAACCUGCCCAUUGGGUGCUCGUCGGCGUACCUGACCCUGCACCCGGGCCGGAACAGCAGCGACUACGACGCCGCCGGCUGCCUCAAGACGUACAAUGACUUCGCGCAGCACCACAACGCGGUGCUCCAGCAGAACCUGCGGGCGCUCCGGGUCAAGUACCCGCAGGCCAGGAUCAUGUACGCCGACUACUACGGCGCCGCCAUGUCCUUCGCCAAGAACCCCAAGCAGUUCGGGUUUACAGAGGGGCCACUGCGGACGUGCUGCGGCGGCGGUGGGCCAUACAACUUCAACCCGAAGGCGAGCUGCGGCGUGCGGGGCUCCAGCGUGUGCACGGACCCGUCGGCGUACGCCAACUGGGACGGCGUGCACCUGACGGAGGCCGCCUACCACGCCAUCGCCGACAGCAUCCUCAACGGCCCCUACACCAGCCCCAGGCUCCUCUGAUCCGAAUGAGAAGCUCAUCAUCCAUCGGCAGGCAGCAGCUCAUAUCUCACCUGUAGACUGUAGCGGUGGCAAGAAUGUGGCCGUGAGCUGCUAGCUGUGGUAAUUAAACGACUGUUGUAUGUACGUACUACUAGUAGUGUGACGGUGUUGGGACUGGUAGGGUGACUCGUAAAACUAAAAUGGUGGAGUUUUGCGUCCGCUUCUCGACUUGUGGCAUUGGUGUACUGUGACGUGAAAUUGGCUGGCA